AUGGCAUCACAAUCGAAUGAGAACGCCUCUGCCGGCCGCGACUCCUCUCCACGGUUGCCAUCCAGCUCGUCUCGAGAACCCACGGACAGUGAAGUUAUACCUAAGACCGCAGGACCAGUUGCACCAAUAGUUCCUGGCACAGAAUCUCCAAAUUCUGUGACCAUCAACUUUGGAGGCACAAGGAGUACGAACAGCGUUCAAGUGCUUAUCGGUAUCAGCAAUGCUACCGACGUUCGUGGCUCUGGUCCGACGGUCCAUGUAAAACCGCAGUACAAAUCAAGACCCGAGGAUCGACGAAGCCCUUGCUCCAACAGCGACCGUGACGACAGUCCCCGACCUUCAUUUGACGACCGAUAUCCUCGGCGUGAGGUCCCGGCAGGCCUCGAACAAAUUGUAAACGAGGUUGCGGACGUCGUGUUCAGCGCUGCAGUUGACAGGCCCUUCAACAGUACUGUCCAGCAUCCUUUCCCCGAUGAGCCCAUAGCAGGCAUCACUCUAUGGGAUGCUGCCAUGAAUGAGCCCGUCAAAGAGCGCGACCAAAGCGAUUACAAGGUGGGCCAGAUCUGCAUGGUCUACGUGCUCGAGCCCUCAGCGAAUCCUCAUCUCAAGAAGGAACAAGGACACACUGCCGUGAGAACGAGCGUAGGCCUUCUGGCUGGCAAGUGGCGUCCGGCAAUUAUCGUCGACGUUCUUGAGAAACAUUGUGUAGUCGCAGAGAUGGGGCGACGGAGUAACCGCGUGUUCGAAGGUCUAUCGCUCUAUGGACUCUUGGAGCGCUGCGGAGUGAUCACUAAGGUCAACGCUGGCGAGUACGACCCGGAGAACGAACAGAGUGAGCUAUUCCGAUCGAUAUACGAACCGCUCCGCGUCGACCAUUAUUAUCGAGAAUGUCGGCCAUUGGAACGGGAUAGCGCCGUACAGUUCUUCCGCCUCAACUCCAAGAGCUUCGACUUCACGUGCAGCCCUAUCGGAGAGCUGACGGAAGAGUCAACAAGGAGGCUCCUGAACCUCCCGUCGCUGUCGAAGCACAUGAAGCAGAAGGCCGAAGGCGAGCAUGGUGCUUACAUGGUCAACAACAUUUAUGAGCUCACUCCCAGACGUAGCGGCGGAUACCUCGACUACGACUACAGGAAGGCCAUUCUGAACCUAAAGAAGGACGUUGAGGAUUCUUUGGCAACUUCAGACGACGAUGGCAAUACCGAGGGCAACGACGAGAACAACAACAAGCAUCACAGUGGAGACAAUGAUGACUUGUACCAGGCACCGUCCCCGGGCGCUCCCGCAGCGACAAGCACCACUGCUCCGGUGACGACCGCGAUGCCUACUUCUCGAGAUGAGUUGAAGAGGAAGAGAGAUGCAUCUCCUUCCGGCGGCGCCAACAAGCGGCCGAGCAACACCCAGUAG